GAACAGCUGGCGAGUGACACCGCGACUGCAGAGGAUGCCGACGAGCAUGUGCACAUGGGAGUGCUAGACUUCCGUCACGACCCCUCGCGCCGCUCUGGACAUCGCGCGGUCUGUGCCGUGGACCUCUUGCGUAUUGCGAAGCAAUUGCAAGAAGCGAAGACGUGGAGGGAGUGGGACGUUGCCCUGGUCUGUACCAUCGAAGGUGACGACUGCGAAAAGCCAAAUUUUGUGAAGUUCCACCACCGCGCAGUCGCACUGUGGGCGCUAUGUCACUUUCAUUGGAAGCAAGGUGAGCUGCCAGAUUGGUUGCGUCAGAUGUGCCGUGUUCGUGUGCAGCAUCUUGGAAAGAUGACCAGAGCCGUGAUGGUGGCCAAAGGCUACGCAACCAGUGCAUCCAUGCAGGAGAACAGCGUGAAGACGUCAUGGUUACAGUUAAUUCUGCAGACGCUCGAGUUAGACCUGCAGUACGACAUGGUUGAGAGCCACAUGCGACGAUUGUAUCCAGAAAUUGCGCAACGGAUCAAUGAUUGGCAGUGUUUCAAGAAUCAACUCACGAGGGUGAACCCGGAAGUUUGGAGGGACAUCGACCAGUUCGUCAGCCAGAAAGGUAUCUCAGGGGACCCUUUCCCGCAGAGCUGGUUCCGAAGUAGGCAGCUGCUGUUACCCGCACCUACGCAGAGUGCAAGUCAGCCCUUCGCUACUGCAGAGUCGCAGUUGUUGGUGUUUCGACGGCUGUUACACACAAUGGGAGAGAUUGCAGACAGCAGAAACUUGGAUCUGGGUGAUCGAGAGAACUUGCAAACGGUAUGCAGGGACAAGAAUCUGAAAGAAGACGAACGGUGCAAAUGGGCCGCCUACGCACGAAGCUUGUUGUUGGCGGUGGCAAGCGCCAGGAAGCGCACAGGCUUCACGUACGAGUCCUUGAUGAGCGAGUUCUUGACGGGAAUGUUGGAUUCAGAGAUAUCAAACAGUGUAGACCCGUCAGAAAGUGGGCCGUACUGGCGAUGCAUCAAAGCUUUCGACAAAUCGCAAGCAGCCCUUCGUGCAGAAGAAGACGUGGCCCAAGCCGACAAGGAGCUGGCAGCAACUGACCUGGCGGAGAAGCCCGGCUUGGAGGCCACUGCCGAACAAGAUGCAGCUGCGAUCGCUCGGGACAAGCACACGAAGAGCAUCAUUGCGUGGCACGCUAGACUCCGUAAGGAACUUCCAGCCGUGUUGGAAGAAGCACAAGAGCUUGUGGCAAAGAAAAAGGAGAAGGUCGGCGAUGCGAUUCGCCAGAGUGCCGGGCAGCAUUGGCGCCUCGUGCAAGAGAAGAUCACGGCUGGGGCUUGCACAACUUUGAUGAGCGACAGCUCUCCGAGUGACAUCAUAUUGCUUUGGGACGCCACACUAGUACGUGUGACCGUGACGCUUUUUCAACUUGCUCAGAAGCUCAUCGGAUCUCGAGGAGUCAUCAUCGUCUUGAGUGACGUGGACCAUUCUGGUAGGUCUCUAGACCAAGAGAUUGUUUUCGCCAAUGUGGUCUCCACAGGAAGCUUGUACCGACGACAGAUUUUGCUUAAGAGUGGAGAUGGUGCGAUUGUCGUCGCGCACGUUUUUGUUCAUGGAUGUGCGACGGAGGACCAGCCGGAGAAUCGUGGCGGCAACACUUGCUCCAAGGUUCUUGCAGCUCCGAUGCUCCUAGAUUCCUUGCCUCCGAGCCAGACGGCAUCCAAUGAGAAGACGAAGCUGUACCCAGCCAACUCACCGAACCGCCAUGCAGCCUUGCCAUCGGAGCGACCGAAGCAAUGGUACGAACAUGUCUUGAAGGGACUGGAUUUGCUGAAGGAAAAGACGUGCAUCAUCGAGAUGGACCCGGGUGUAGGUCACGUUUUCCAAAUCGUCCACGAGCACAUGACAAAAGGAGGAGAAGCAAUCCUCACGGUGCAGCAGCCGCUGUUCUGGGCUGGCUUUGCACACGGCGUGCAAGCUCCGCGGCUCCGGAUUGUCCAAGAGAAGCUUCGCGAGAAACAGCAAGCAGCAACAUUGAAAAAAUUGGCACGGACGACCUCGGCUACCGAAUCGACGCUUGAGGAACUUGCCAUGAAAAUACCACCAUUUGAAGAUGGACGCGCCGCAGAGGAAGACUUGUCCGGGAAGAGGAUCGCGGCAGUUGUCCCCAAGAAUGCGAUUGUCAUUGACAGUGGGAAGACCGACUGCAAAAACGUGGUGGUUCCCGAACAGUCCGGUGCCGGGGCAGGAGUGCAGGCCAUAACGUUGCCGGCCCGUCUGGCUUUGGCGCGUGAGCAGCUGGAGGCCAAAGUAGUGGUUGGCCGUUCGCUCAUGCUGGACGAGGGCUACGGCCUCUUCGCAGCGUGUGACUUUCGCAAAGGGGACUUGCUGUUCAAAGCUGGAGGAUCGUCGGAUAUGCAUUGGGAUUG